UGUAUCCCGAACAUUACUCGUGUUUUCUUAAGCUUACUGUACGUGUACAAAGUAAAUGUGUUCAGAUUUAUAUUAUACUCUAUGAACUGUACAUAUCAUGUGUACACACUGAACUGUACAUUAGGUUAUAAACAAGUUACUCUACACAAUUAGUGUACACAAACUUCAGUACAACAUAGAUAUUUCAUGAAGAAACAAUAAAAUGAAAAUCGUACAAAGCUGUGAAUAAUUCCGGUCAAACUCCCCCAAUAAUGCUGCGCCGAUGGUGAGGGGCCGGUCAGAACGCAGGCGACCCCCCAACCACGGUACAUUGACCGAGCACAAGUAUAAAAUCUGGAACGGUCAAUAAUCCUUUCAGUUCAACAUUGAUCGAGGUUCAGAUAACUUCAAUCAUGGAAGUUCAAUGUGUUCUAUGCUUAGAAGGGUUUCCUUCCUCGGAUCUGAGUAUACUAGAAAAACAUCUGAUUCUGCAGCAUAAUUGUAAGGAGAAUAUCAAUCUACUUGUAACCAUGGCGGUUGCAACAGCAAACCAACAGACACAACCUAACGUGUUCAUAGCAGGACCAGGAUUUUUCUCACCUAUCCCUAGAUCUUCAACAAGGAUGAGUUCAGUUUCUCCUGGUUCCUGUUACACUAGGAGUACAAUUGAUCAAUCUCUCUCCUCCUUCUCUACUCCGUCAUCUGGGUCGAGUGUGUAUUCACAAUAUCAAUCUAAUCCCUACUCGUCAUUUAACUCCACCAACUCCAACCCUGCAGCCUUCUCUAGACCAGAGUCAAGAUGUGUCUCCAGGUGCAGCGAGUAUUCAGCUUACUCAAAUGGAUCGGAGAGCGUGGCAAGUUUUCAAACCUACGACCCACUUCCUGAUCUCUCUCCCAUGCUAGCUGAAUCUCCACUCUCCCCAGAACCAUCCUACCCUCAAACCCCCUCAACAACCCACCACAACCCCUUCCAUGCAUCUACCCCAUUAAACACAGAGAACAUAAACUGUAAAUAUCUAGUCCCAGAGGAUCUAAAGAACUUGAUCAAAAUGUGCAAUCCACAACAAAACAUAGAGUUUGUAUUAUCCCAACGUAAAAACACACAAAUGAUCCUGAACAACUUCCUACUCCGGAAGAGGAAGGGGCCGAUGAACCAAUCCCGCGGGCGUACUAUCCACUGGACCUGCUCCCAAGAAGGUUGCAGUUUCACGUGCACGUCUGUCGAGGGGAGGUUGUCAAACAGUCGGUACACGCACAACCACACUCCCCAGAGGGAACAGGUUAGGAAGCGACUCACAGCCCGAUCCCAAGUUAAAUUUGAAGCAUCUUUCUUAUAAACAGUACCUGUAGAAGGCUUCAAACAUCUGCACUGUUUUCUCCAAUUGAAGAGGGAUUGCAAUAGGAGAUAAACCGUUGUGGGACAGCGGCCAGGCACCCUGAACAUUUUGUGAUAUUAGUUUUUAAAAUUAUAGUACACAUAGUUCUGUUGAUACAACAGAUUUUUAACCUUAUCUUGACUGUGUAGUAACUUCUACACAAUUGUGGUGAUUUUAGUAAUAUUAGUCGUCUAGUGCAUGUGAUAAAAUAGUCCUAUCAACACGUCAGUUGUAAAAAAAAUAGUCAUUGUCAACCCUGUGUGUAUAUACUCAAAUAUAUACGUUAAUCUAA